UCGACGGCGGCGAUUCGGGCACGCGACAUUCGCCGACUCCGCGGCGCAGUCGGCAUCUCAUCGGCCUGUAGAGACAUUACAACGACCACGACAUCACCGCAGCGAUACGCACGGAUGUGAUAGUAACACUACCGAAAAUAUUAAAAAAAAAAAAAACAAUAAUAACAGUAAUAACCGUCGCGGUGUGUUUUAAAAAGUGUGAUAAAAAAAAAAUAUACUCUUACACUAUUUAUUUUUUUUUUUUUUUUUAACACAAUAAAGACAGAUUUUUAGCCGCUUUGUCGUGCGCGCAUCGGGCGCCGGAAAAUUUCGAGAGAAACGAGAAGAGGAAAAUCGCAAUCGCGCCUCUGCAGUACGACAAUAUCGGGACGAGAUUUUUUUUUUUUACUUUUUUUUUUUUUAUAUUGUUUCCACAUUUUCGUGCAUACCGCGAGUUAAAUACAUUAUUUAUUAAUAAUAUUGUCGCGUGUAUUUUAUCCCACCCGCCGAGUCUUCCCAGAGAUACGGUUCGUUUUCCCGCCCGCCUCGUCACAGCAGCCGUUUUCCGUCAGUCGGUGACCGCAGCCACCGCCAUCGCUGAUGAGACCGGGUGGUGCCAAGGUAUCCUCCAUAGGUGGGCACCCCGCGGUACUUGAAGGGUCAUGAAAAAUUCCUUCAAGACGUUAUGGAACACCUGGCAGUGGGGAUGUGGCCGAACUGUGAAUCAUGUCCGCCGUGGCAGCCCAUGUCAAUUCAAUUUCCGUGGGCAUGUGUCAGGGGUUCUCGGCAGUACUCAUUCCGCAACUCCUCGACUCCAACAGUUCCAUUUUGGUGAACAACGUGGAAGCGUCGUGGAUAGCCAGUUUGGGGGUUAUAUCGAAUCCUCUAGGAGCGAUGAUGUCGGGAGUUUGCAUGCAGACCUUAGGGAGAAAAACAACAGUUCAAUUGACAUCAAUACCAUUCUUAAUCGGUUGGACAAUAAUUGGAUUGGCUACAGAUAUAACGUUUUUAUGUCUAGGACGAUUCAUAUCAGGAGUUGCUAUCGGCAUGUCGUCGGCUUGUUACGUGUACGUGGCCGAAGUGAGCUUGGCUAAACACCGUGGGGUGCUGUCGUCGUUCGGACCGAUUUUCGUGUCGAUCGGAGUGCUGAUCGUCUACUCGCUGGGCUCGAUCAUGCCGUGGCAGGUGGUCAGCAUCCUGUGCGCCCUCACGUCGUUCCUGAGCUUCCUGUCGGUAAACCUGACGCCGGAGUCGCCGUCGUGGCUCGCUUCCAAGGGCCGCGUGGCGGACGCCGGCAAGUCGCUGAUGUGGCUGCGCCGGAAACCGUCGCUGGCUGACAAGGAGCUGGCCGAGAUCCUGAACAACUUGGCCGACGGCGGCGACGCGGAUUCGCCGUCCGCGCCCGCGCUCCGCGACUUCGCGACGCCCGCCGUCUGGAAACCGUUCCUGAUACUGGUUUGCUUCUUCGUGCUGCAGGAGGCCAGCGGCAUAUACAUAAUAUUGUACUACGCUGUGAACUUCUUGCAAGUGGCCGGCUCGACGGUGGACAGCAACGUGGCGUCCAUCGCGGUGGCCGUGCUCCGGCUGAUCAUGAGCGUCACCGGGUGCGUGUGCAUACAGCACGUCAACCGCCGGACGAUGGCCGUCGCGUCGGCCGUGCUGAUGGCCGCGUCGAUGGCCGCUUGCGGCGCGUACGAGUCGGCGUACGGGCCGAUGUUGGUGGACGACCGGCCGUACGGCUGGGUGCCGCUGGCGUGCAUACUGUUCAACGUGAGCGUCAGCAUGCUGGGCAUGGUGCCGCUGCCGUGGAUGAUGAUCGGCGAGCUGUUCCCGCUCAAGGUCCGCGGCAUAAUGGGUGGCCUGGUGCCGUCGCUGGGCUACUUCUUCAUAUUCGUCACGGUGAAGAUAUCGCCGGGCCUGAUGACGGCACUGACCACCGACCAGAUCAUGUGGCUGUUCGCCGCCGCGGCCGCGGCCGCCGCGUGCUUCGUGGCCGCGUUCCUGCCGGAGACGCGGGGCAAGACGCUGCUCCAGAUCGAGAAGAUGUUCAGCAGCGACGGCGGCGGGGACGCGACCUGCAACAGCGCCGCCGAGUACCCGGAGAAGUGGUCGUCCAAGCCCGGCGGCGAUCCGGCCACAGCGGUGUACACCAUCAGCUCGUUGGUGGAAGUUCGUCACAAGUAACGAGCGACGCCACUCACGCGCGUAAUAUUAUUAGACGCGUACUCUGAUCCGAAACGUUGCCCGAUCCGUUCGCGGUAUAAUAUCAAUGGUAUCCGCAGUUCGUCGUUAUCCGCGCGCAUAAGUUUCAAAGGUUCACGCGUCCUGUCUGCAGUCGUCGACCGAUUGCACGUGCACAAAGAUAAUAUUUAGAUACACUUAUUUUUUUAUCGUCAUUUUAACAUAUUUUUAUUGUUUAUUAUUUUUUUAAAUUUUUUUUUUGUCUGUCCACAUCGAAUAAUACCGCGCAAGAACCACACGCGACGUAACAAUUUAUAAUCGAGUGUAAUUAUUGCUCUCCUAUUGUAUUUUUUUACGGCGUUUACAGACUUAAUGAAAACUGAUAAUAAAUAUAAAAAUUAUAUAUUUAAUUGUGUUACCUGCGCGAAUACAGCCCAUUGUAAUCCGACCAUUUUACACAUCAUACCGUGCAUGACAGCGACUACGUAUGUGAUCGAAAAAAAAACACAACAAUUUCUGUUGUUAUUCUAUCCGUGCAUAAUUACUAAGUAUUUAUCAAAUUAUUUAUUCUGUAAUCUUAUUGCCUAAAUUGUAAAUAAAACAAACUUGUGAUAUUAUUUUAUUGUUAAGCGAAUCGUGUAAAAUCAAUUAGU